AUGCCGCGGCGGCAGAAAUGCCGCGGCGGCAGAAAUGCCGGCGCAGAAGAAAUGCCGGCGCAGAAGAAAUGCCGGCGCAGAAGAAAUGCCGGCGCAGAAGAAAUGCCGGCGCAGAAGAAAUGCCGGCGCAGAAGAAAUGCCGGCGCAGAAGAAAUGCCGGCGCAGAAGAAAUGCCGGCGCAGAAGAAAUGCCGGCGCAGAAGAAAUGCCGGCGCAGAAGAAAUGCCGGCGCAGAAGAAAUGCCGGCGCAGAAGAAAUGCCGGCGCAGAAGAAAUGCCGGCGCAGAAGAAAUGCCGGCGCAGAAGAAAUGCCGGCGCAGAAGAAAUGCCGGCGCAGAAGAAAUGCCGGCGCAGAAGAAAUGCCGGCGCAGAAGAAAUGCCGGCGCAGAAGAAAUGCCGGCGCAGAAGAAAUGCCGGCGCAGAAGAAAUGCCGGCGCAGAAGAAAUGCCGACGCAGAAGAAAUGCCGACGCAUAAGGAAUGCCGAAGCAUAAGGAAUGCCGAAGCAGAAGGAAUGCCGAAGCAGAAGGAAUGCCGAAGCAGAAGGAAUGCCGAAGCAGAAGGAAUGCCGAAGCAGAAGGAAUGCCGAAGCAGAAGGAAUGCCGAAGCAGAAGGAAUGCCGAAGCAGAAGGAAUGCCGAAGCAGAAGGAAUGCCGAAGCAGAAGGAAUGCCGAAGCAGAAGGAAUGCCGAAGCAGAAGGAAUGCCGAAGCAGAAGGAAUGCCGAAGCAGAAGGAAUGCCGAAGCAGAAGGAAUGCCGAAGCAGAAGGAAUGCCGAAGCAGAAGGAAUGCCGAAGCAGAAGGAAUGCCGAAGCAGAAGGAAUGCCGAAGCAGAAGGAAUGCCGAAGCAGAAGGAAUGCCGAAGCAGAAGGAAUGCCGAAGCAGAAGGAAUGCCGAAGCAGAAGGAAUGCCGAAGCAGAAGGAAUGCCGAAGCAGAAGGAAUGCCGAAGCAGAAGGAAUGCCGAAGCAGAAGGAAUGCCGAAGCAGAAGGAAUGCCGAAGCAGAAGGAAUGCCGAAGCAGAAGAAAUGCCGAAGCAGAAGAAAUGCCGAAGCAGAAGAAAUGCCGAAGCAGAAGAAAUGCCGAAGCAGAAGAAAUGCCGAAGCAGAAGAAAUGCCGAAGCAGAAGAAAUGCCGAAGCAGAAGAAAUGCCGAAGCAGAAGAAAUGCCGAAGCAGAAGAAAUGCCGAAGCAGAAGAAAUGCCGAAGCAGAAGAAAUGCCGAAGCAGAAGAAAUGCCGAAGCAGAAGAAAUGCCGAAGCAGAAGAAAUGUUGAAGCAGAAGAAAUGUUGAAGCAGAAGAAAUGUUGA